AUGCCUCCUCGGAUGAGUUACGGUGCGGGUGCGCACCACCUGAUGGACGAAUUUGUCAAGGCCCUAGAAAUGCACGCAAAUGCUGAAAACUGUCGCGGAAGGAAUGGACUAGACGAAACUGUCAUGUUCAUUCCCAACGACUUCCUAUUCACUUACUGGACCGAAGAUAUCAUACGCGACUUACUGCUUAGUUUGUCGGGUGCAGCCACCUACGAUACCUCGAUAAUCCUCAGCGAGUAUAUCAUUGUCUUCUCCAUCCUCACAAAGAUGUACAAGUCCGACUGGAUAAGUCAUUUCGUCGAGAAACAGAUCAAAGACAGCUCCCUACCUCUGCGGCCUGACUCCAACAUGCCAAAGUCGUGGACUGAUCAACGUCAUAUGGAAGAUCUCUGGAAGGACUUUAUCAACGAGCAAUGGAUGUUUUGCCCGUACACUUUUGACCGUUUAUCUAAUGCAGAACUAUCGGAAAGCUAUAUUCUACCGAUACAAAGCAAAGAAUGCUUGCAAGACAAAGCGGUGGAUGGUGAUUUGGCAAUCCUUUACAAAGUCAAGCUACAUCCAUCUUGCAGGGGGAGUCUAUCGGAGUACGUGGUCUUCAAAGAAUACCAGAGGGAAGAUCCUAUUGCAGCCGCGACUUACGAGAAGGAGAUAUCAAUCUACAAAACACUAAAGCCGGGUUCGUCAGCCUUCAAGCACAUUAUUGAAUACUACGGUUCAUUCCAAAUAUUGGCAUCCGGAAAAAGGACCAUUAUGCUCGAAUAUGCCGACGGUAGCGACCUAUCGGCUUGGUUUAAAGAAUUGAAACCCCCGUCCGAGGUGGAACAUCUCACUGCUUUUUGGGCCAACUUCUUUGACCUUCUCUUGGGACUUGAGGCAAUACACAAUCUCGUGCCGCCACACUCGGGCAGAGAAAGCUGGUAUCUAGAAGGGAUCCAUCAAGACAUUCGACCUCACAACAUUUUGCUGGUCAAAAAGCCAUCUAGCAGCCACCCGUAUGAUGUAACAUUCAAGUUAGUUGAUUUUGGCACGGGAUACAUCAAGAAGCAAUCCUUGGAUCAAUUCCGCGAGACGCAUCGAGAUAAUUUUGGAAAUGCCACUUAUUCAUCACCGGAAAGCUUAAAUGAUAGGCUGCAGCCAGAGUCUGAUGUCUGGGCGCUUGGAGCUCUUGCCAGUGAGACACUCGUCUGGUCCAUUCAAGGCUGGAAAGGCGUUGAAAAUUACUGUAAUCUAAGAGCGGCCAAAAUGGUGCAAGGACUACCAGAAACCCACCGUGGAUGUUUCCAUAAUGGCAUUCACAGACUACCAAUCAUCGACGAUCAUCAUCGCGAGGUUUUGAAGGGCAGGCUUGCGGAAGACAACAUUUCUCCGUUGGUCAGCAAGAUGAUACUCGAGCACAUGUUGGUCGAGCACCCAAGUGCUCUUGAAGGGAGAGCCUCUCCGAAUCCUCAAUUUCGUCGUAGAGCCAGAGAAACACAUCGUCUUUGGAAGAUGAAGCUUCAAAUGAUUCCCUUGGCUCGCCCUUACUCGACUGAUGAUGUCAGGGGUCGACUGCACCAUACCGUUACAGAACCAGUGCUAGCUACGAUAGUAACAGCGGACGACUUCUUACAACAGUCCGAAUUCGACCCCGAUGAAUCUUCAGCAAUGAGUAGGUACUCUUCAGUGACCUACAGAAGGCCUGAAGGACCCAUAAAUAGUUUCCAUGAGAGCUAUGAUGCGCACUCCGUGCGUCGAGGUCCUAGUCAGCACUAUCGGCCACGAAAUCCAAUUCUGCAAAACGAGGACUCCUUUGAGAGAUUGCCCAUGCACUUGCUGAGCCCCAAGCCCGACAGAAGCUCUCUCAUCAGAGAUCUGAUGAAUCAGAUGGUUCAAACCGCCGAGGGCACGAACACGCAGCAGGAUCCGCCUCGUUUUGACAAUGACACCAUUACGAUUAACACAAUCUACGACAAGUUCAUCGCGCGAAAAGAUGGAAAAGGUAGAGUUGGAGCUGCAUUUUCAAAGUUUACUGGAUCGUCGAGUGAUCAGAAAGAUCCACUCAAGGUUCACCCAGACCUUGGCCUGGCAAUAUCGAAACUCAAGAACUCGGGCAGCAGCGGCAGAGAACAGGUGUUCCUUAUCGAUGAUUCUAAGAGCAUGAGCCGUUUUCAGACUUCCAUCGCCAAAACUGUCCGUGUACUAGCCUAUCUAAUCAAGAAAGGCGACGUGGAUCCAGAUCGAAGUAUUGAACUCCGCUUCGCAUCGCAAAUAGGUGACAAGAAACAAAACGCCAAGUCAACGCCUCUUGAAGAUGCCAUAAAUGACUGGCCGUUUGAAGAUUCAGUCUGCGAAAUGGGAACGGCGCUCGAGGCCCUCCUUCUCGACCUUCUUCCUAAGCGUUAUGCGGCGGAUCCGAAGCCUGUCAGCGUCUAUGUGCUUACAAACGCCCUGUGGAGUGACAAGACCCCGACAUCGCUCUGUGGUGUCGAUGAAGCCAUUGAAAAGGCUCUACGACACCUCGACAAUGUUAACGUUGAACUUGGUAAAAAGUGGCUGGGUAUCCAGUUUAUCGGAUUCUUCAAUAACAAACCAUCAUCCGAGAACACGAUUGGAAGGCGCCGACUUGAAUUUCUAGAUGACAAGCUUGGCGAACUCUUUGAAGCCUUGGAUCUGAAAUUUACACGAAAGGAUAUUGUUGAUACGCGUGAAUCGGAUGAUGAUAUAAGAGACAUCCUUCUUGGCGCUGUUUCCGACGUGUGGGAUAAGAAAAAGGGUUAA